AGUGGUGGGAGAUGGUACUUGCUAAGUUUAUGUCGUGGCAGAAGAAGGGAGAACGGGGUGUAGUGUGGGCAAGAGUGAUCGUCCAACUGAUAAUGUUGUUGAUUCUCGUAGUGGAGAAGACAGCAACCACUACUACCCUCUCCUCCCGGCUGGUAGUCGGGCCCAAGUCCCCGUACUGUCACAGCCAAAAGAGUGACCUCGUCUGUAACUUCACCGGUACACAGGAGCCUGUGUACGUGGAGGAGUCCUUGUUUCUAGAAGACAAAGUGAAGGCGUCACAAACAGUGAAGAUCAUUGACCCAUCAGUCCUUCAUCUUUCACACGUCAUGAGUCUGAAAAAUAUGAUCAUCUAUGAAGCAGGCAAGGUACUGGUAUCGACGGUCAGCAAGUCUACACAUACAGAUAACUGCACCCUACGCAAUCUCCAAAUCUUUAAAAGUACCGUCACAAACAUCCCCUCCAAUGUGAUGCACCUCACAGUUAUCAGCUCCAAGGUGACCUACAUGGAACUCCAGCCGUGUAUACAACACGUCUCUCUUGUUAAUUCGCACAUAAAGUUUUUCAGGACCAUCGCACCUUUACACGACUCUGCGAUACUGAAAGUGGCAUCAUCCACUAUAGACCACAUAGAGGAGGUAUGGACAAGUGCCAAUGCCAAUUUACAUUUCUUGACUUCCACGAUUAUUUGCAUACGUAUGGAAAAAGUUAGACUUGGGCAGAAUACAUCGGUGUUCAUCAGAGAGACCAUGAUCACUCCGAUGAACAGCACUGACCUGAGGAUUUCUCCGGGCACAAAGGUCACCCUGCAGAAGGUGAACGGCACUCUAACGAUGGCUGCGGCGACCGAGGAGGAGUUUAGUGGAUCCUCCACCUGUCAGCAACCCACGGCACCUACGCCACCUUCUCUACCUCCUGAGACGACAACAAUCAUCUAUUGGAACCAGUUUAUGACUUAUUUAAUCUUAACGUUCACCCUGUCCAUCAUCGUGAUAUUAAUACUACUCCUUGGCAGAUCUGUCAGUUAUAACAUUCAGCCAUCAUCAAGGGAAGCCCUCAGAGACAUGGAAGAUAAUGAUUCCCUGAGAGAGCCCAUACUUCCUGGUGGGGGAGGAGCUGACAGGCAGGAAGGCACCUACCAGGACAGGGCCAGGCACUGCCACUUAUCUGAUGACAACCUUCUAUCAAGUGCAGCCACACACCUGGACACGGAGACCGCCACACACCUGGAUACGGAGGCCGCCACACACCUGGACACGGAGGCCGCCACACCCACAACACAACUGUACACGGAGAUCGCUACAAACCUGGACACGGAGGCCGCCACACCCACCACACACCUGGACACGGAGGCCACCACACACCUGGACACUGAAGCUGCCACACACCUGGAAAAGGAGGCCGCCACACCCACCAAACACCUGGACAAGGAGGCCACCACACCCACCACACACCUGGUCAUGGAGGCCGCCACACACCUGGACACGGAGGCCGCCACACACCUGGACACGGAGGCCGCCACACCCACCAAACACCUGGACAAGGAGGUCACCACACUCACCACACACCUGGUCACGGAGGCCGCCACACACCUGGACACGGAGGCCGGCACACACACCACACACCUGGACACGGAGGCCGCCACACACCUGGAUACGGAGGCCGCCACACUGACACGGACACACCUGGACACGGAGGCCGCCACACACCUGGACACGGAGGCCGCCUCACACCUGGACACGGAGCUCCCCCCAUAG